AUGUCGCAAGAGUUUGAAGAGUUUGAUAAUGAAUCUUCAAACUCGAUGGAGCUGCUGCUGAUAUUCACCAGUUUAGCUGAUCGGUACGCAACAACAAGAACUACUACUACUACUACUGCUGCUGCUGCUGCUGCUGCUGCUACAUCUACCGCUGCUACAUCUUCGUCGUCGUUGUUGCAACCUUCAUCUCACAAAACAAGCUCUUCCCAAUCGCCAAAAAUUUCUGAUGCCUUCAACAAGAUUUGUAUGGCAUGUCGAACUGGAGAUUACGAGGUAGUGGACUCGCUAUUAAGCACGCCGGAUCUUGAUGUGAACCAAGUCGACGAGUACGAUUAUUCUCCAUUGAUUUUGAGUUCCUUAUGUGGACAUAUUAAAAUAGUUGAACUCUUGUUAAAAAGAGGAGCAGUGUGCGAUAGAGACACUUUUCAAGGGGCAAGAUGCAUUUAUGGUGCCUUGACAGACGAAAUCAGGGAUUUGUUGGUGAGUUUCGACAUUUCAAAAGCAGUUGAUAUGAACCAGCCAUUUGCCGGGCACAUAGCCUCUUUACUUGCAACCAAUACAAACAAAGACAUACUUUUCAAGUUUUCUGGUAACAUACCUGAUUAUGGCGAGUCAAUUGCAUUACAUAGAUUCUUAUUGGCAGCCAGAAGCUCGUACUUUAAGAAAAAGCUUUUGGGAGAUUGGAAAUACUUGAAUGUAGUGACAUUGUCAUCCAAUGUUACGCCUGAGGCUUUCAAGGUGAUUGUUGACUACAUAUACUUGCGCAAUGACUCAAUAGUGAUUAUCGACAAAUCGAUUCGUGCAAAAGUACUUGAAUUAGCAACGGCGUACGAACUUUUUGAUUUGGUUAGUGGCAUAACCGAUAUAUCCGCUGUAGCCGAUGAUGAGAAAGGGCAAUCUAAGAUCAAACAUGAGUGGGCAUUCAAGUUUGUCGAAAAGGCGAGAAAGGAUUUGGACUUGUUCUUGGUGCGAGAUAUAAUUCUGGAAAAGUUUACGUCGCCAAUGAACCUAAACCAGGAUAUUGAUCUUGAAGAUAUAGAUUGUCAAGAGUUUAUUACUGAGAAGAGGCGAGGGCAAUUUCUUGAGCUGCCAUCAAUACCAGAUAUCAUAUUAAGCUGCGUUGACUCCGAUACCGAAAGCGUAGUAUACUUUCCAUUGAACAAGUCAAUUUUGGCAAGGUCCGAAUAUUUUGAAACAAUGUUUAAAUCGGAGAUAUUCACAUUGUCAAUGGGUGGCAUACCGUUAUAUCGUGAAGGUGAAGGUGAAAAUACGGUGGCUAUUAUUAAUCGAGAAAACUUAGAUUCUGUGCAUCUCCCUGUUAUUCUGUUGUCCAGCAGCACUGCAAAUGAAAAAGUUGCAGCCAUGGUGCUAUCGUACCUAUACCAUGAUAAUGUUAGCAAUAUCCCCUUGGAGAACGUUAUUGAGCUUUUGAUAGCGGCUGAUGAGUUGUUCUUGGAAAGGUUGAAGACAAUGUGUGCUGUACGAGUUAGUUCUCAAUUUGGGAAAUUCAACUAUGCAGAAUUACAACAGUUGGAGUCGGAGCUUAAUCACGAUGCGUUCGACUUGAUACGAAUAUCCUGGCAAACAAGGUGCGAUAAACUUGAGCAGCACGUGACUAAAAUGAUUGCCUACAACUUGCAAGCAAUCUGCCAGGAAACUAAGGAGAAAAAGAAAUUGAUGAUGAUGAUUAAUGAAUCUGCUGCCAGAAUUAGAGAACGACAAGCUACGGAUACCAUUGAAUUGGUUGAUGAUAUUAGAUACUAUUUGGCCAAGAAGUAUGCGAUUAGCGAAGAAAGCGAAAGUUUUGAUCCUCUUUACUUUGGUACUAUUGACCGGCACGCUGAAAACAUCAAUCUUUAUAAAAACGCUGUUUUAAAAUACGACCAAGACAUUGCAAUUAUUGAUACUUUGUUGGAUCUGUUGAAUUUAGAAGCAUAA